AUGAAUCUGUCUCAGGCAACUCCUGAUGACCUGGACUCCAUCACCGAUGUGAUGAUCUCUGCAUACCCGGUGGAUCCUCAAUGGGAUUAUUGCUUCCCUCGCCGGAGAGAAUUCCCAGAGGAUAACUGGAAGCACACACGUAGCAUGAUGGCCGAUCUUCUUCAAAGAGAUCACUUUGUUGUCAAUGUUGUCACAGAUGGAGAGAAAGGUGGGAUUAUAGCAAGGAAAGUAGUGUCUGUGGCUGUAUGGGAGCUUCUUUUGGAGAAGGACAGUAGGCAGUAUGAGGAUUCACCAGGCAACGUGGUGGCCGGCGUGACGCCAGCAGAAAACACAUGA